UUUAUAUUGCUUGUUGGCAAUUUCCAUAAAAGUAAAAGAACUAAGCUCAACCUAAGAAAUGUCACUGACUACAAGCAAAAGCAUUGCAGUAUUAGUAGCCGAAGCAUAAGCAAUUUCCCAAAUAAGCUGGAAAAAUGGCGUUUCUGGGUGACUGUGUGAUUGUGUUCGUCUCACAGAUGCUUUUCUUUGCCGGCGGCUGGUUGUUCUUCAAUAAGCAGUUAUUCAAACACUAUGAGAUUCGCCACAUAUCUGUGCAGCUCAUCUUUUCAUCGACAUUCGCUUUGUCCGUGACCAUGUUCGAGCUAAUUAUAUUUGAAAUCAUAGGCGUGUUAGAGAGCAGCUCGCGUUACUUUCAUUGGCGCUUGGGGCUAACGCUGCUGCUUUUUAUGGUCACAGCAGUGAUACCCAUAUAUAUUUGUUAUUCUGUGAUACACAGCAUUUCCUUUUUUUCCGACAGAUGGGUGCGCAUAUUGACCACGCUCUGUUGGUUAAUCUUUCUGUAUGGCUUGUGGCGCAUUGGCGAACCCUUUCCACUGCUCAGCGCUUCGCACGGCAUCUUUACCAUAGAGCAGGGUGUCUCCCGCAUAAGUGUUAUUGGCGUAACAGUCAUGGCCAUACUCUCUGGCUUUGGUGCCGUCAAUUAUCCCUACACCAGCAUGACCUAUUUCAUCAAGCCCGUUUCACGCAAUGACAUCAUUUGCUUCGAGCGUCGCCUGGCCCUAACUAUUGACAUGCUGACGGCCAAGAAGCGGCGCAUUGCCAAAGCUGCGUACGAUCAUAACAAACAGCAUCCCACAAAACCAAGAAUUUGGGAUAUGCUCACCUCGGCAGUGCAUCGCGGCACAUCAAAUGGCGAAGACAUCAACCAGCUAAAGCAGGAGGUCUAUGGCUUGGAAGAGCUGCAACGUUCAGUUUUUCUUGAACUAAGCUCGCUGAAAAACAUGGAGGAGCGUCAGCGCUGGUCUCAAACACUGCAGGGCAAGUACUUCAAUGUGAUUGGACAUUUCUUUAGCGUUUACUGUGUCUACAAAAUAUUUAUGUGCUGCAUCAAUAUAAUUUUUGAUCGCGUGGGUCGCAAAGAUCCUGUAACGCGAGGUCUAGAGAUUGCCGUUCAUUGGUGUGGCUUUGACAUUGAUUUGGCAUUUUGGAAUCAACACGUUUCCUUUCUGCUUGUGGGCUGCAUUGUGGUCACCUCCAUACGUGGCCUGCUGCUGACUCUUACAAAAUUCUUUUAUCGCAUCUCAUCCAGCAAGUCGAGCAACAUUAUUGUGCUUAUUCUGGGCCAGAUUAUGGGCAUGUACUUCUGCUCUUCAGUGCUGUUGAUGCGCAUGAAUAUGCCUGCCGAAUAUCGCGUCAUCAUUACCGAGGUGCUCGGUAAUUUGCACUUUAAUUUCUAUCAUCGUUGGUUCGAUGUCAUCUUCCUGGUCAGCGCGCUGACCACCAUCAUUGUAUUGUAUUUGUCCCGCAAGCCUGUACGUGUCGACGAUUCCGAUCUGCACUGAACUGAUAAGAGGAGAGAGAGAUAGAGCGAGAUAUGACAGGGUUUUGUUAAUCUAGGCACAAUAUUGAUUGUAAAUCAGUUAUUUAUGCAGACUUUAAGGUAUAAAGUUACAUAUUAUAUAUGAAAAAUAUGUUUUACACUAUGCAAAUAUGUUUGAAUAACCAUAUUUAACACAUGGUCUUUUACAUAGUUAUAUCCAGUUAUAAUUAAGUAUCUCAAUUUAGCACAAAAUCAAAGUUAUGCCGUCGCCUUACGUCU